GUCUCAUUCCCAAAGAGAGACUGAUUUCUAAAGUGGGCCUAGGCCUAAGUAUCUUGUACUGAAAAUUGAACUGAGUGGGUUUCUUCUGGGAGCAAAUUUCUCAAGAUGGGAAGCUCUAAAAAGCACAAGGAGAAGCAUCGAAAGAGGCGGAGGGAUCGCUCAAGGUCAGAAAGUAGAGAAAGUGACGAUAAACAUGACCGUGGAAGGGAUCGAAGUCGAAGCCCAAGUCGAAGGGAGGAAAACAUAGAUGAAGAUUACAGGAGUGAUGGUUAUUACAAAAAGAAGGUGUCAAGAAAAAGCGAAGAUUUCAGAGAUAUGGAUGAUAGACAAAGAGACAGAGAUUAUCAAGAAGAAGUUGAAAGGCAGCGACUAUCAAAUCAAGAGAAGAAGCGUAGAAAAGAUUAUGAAUAUGAGUCAUCGAAUAAUCUGAGAAGUGAAAUUGGAAAGGAAGAAGAUGGGGGAGAAGUAACAAAGCAGAAGAGUUCUGGAGAUGUAUCUCUGAGCAUAGAAGAAACAAACAAACUAAGAGUGAAGCUUGGUUUAAAACCUCUGCAGAUGGAAGGGGAAAAGAAUGAUAAAGAGGAUGCAUCAUAUGACGAACGACCUGAUGUUCAUUUGCCACCACAAAAUAUUUCAACAGUAAAAAAAGCAGACAGUUUGAAGGAAAAAAUGGAAGAGAUAAGAGAAAAAAGGAGAAUUCACAAGAAAUUACAGCGUGUAAAGAAGUUAGGUGAAGAAGAAGACCCUGCUGAAGAAAGUGCCUCUGCAUGGGUUAAGAAAAUGCGAAAGCAGGAGGAUGAAAAACGAAUGGCAGCAAAAAGGGCUAAACUGUUAGAAGAAAUGGAUGACGAGUUUGGUGUUAGUGGUGUUAUUAACGAAGCUAUGGGAGAAGUCCCAAAAAGAGCCAUUAAGAAAGAGCCAAAAUAUUCUGCAAGAGACUUGGCUGGUCUGAAGAUUCAGCACGCUGGUGGUGAAAUUUCUGAUGGAUCAUCUGUCAUAGUUACUUUGAAAGAUAAAGGUGUUCUUGAAGACAAUGAAGAUGUGCUAGAGAAUGUAAAUCUUGUCGAACAAAGGGCCGCAAUAAGAAAUAUCGAAAAUAGAAAGAAGAGACCUGGAUAUGUGGCAUAUGAAGAAGUUGAUGAAGAAACAGGAGUUUUCAAAGUCAAAGGAAUUCUUGACAAGUACAAUGAAGAGAUUGACGGAAAAGAAGAAAAAUUCAUUCGUAUCGAUGCAUCUGGUCAGGGAGACCUGGAAGACGAGUAUGAAAUAGAUAGAAUUCGAAAAAAUCUGAAGGCUCAACAAAUGACUCUAGCCGUUGAUGCACCACAGCUUGCGACUGAUUAUUACACUCAGGAAGAAAUGGUUCAGUUCAAGAAGCCGAAAAAGAAAAGGAAAGUUCGUAAAAGAGAGAUUGUUAAGGCGGAUGAUUUGUUACCAUUGCCCGACGAGCCCAGACCUGAUCCCGCCUCAAGGAAAAGACCUAAAAGCAUAUUAAAGAAUUCUGCUAAUUGUGACAUCCCAAUGGAUAUUGAAGAAGAUCAACUCGAAGAAUCAUCAGAAUUAGAGGAGGAAAGAGAAUUUUUACGAAGAAUGCAAGCAUUAGAAAACGCGCCAGUUGAAGAAGAUGAAGCCGAAUUAGAACUGCAAAUGGCUCUUGCGAGAUCACGCAAAGCCAAAGUCAAGAAAGAGCCUGACGAAAUUCUAGUACUGGAAAAGUUGGCCGAAAAAAUACAAGCUUCCAACGAAGAAGAAUCACAGAAGCGAGAUAAGAGAAAAUCCAAAUCUGAUGCCAUUGUUCUGGAUUCAACGUCAGAAUUUUGCAGGACUUUAGGAGAGCUUCCUAGUAUUGGACAUUCACAUGACAUCAAGGAUGAAGAAGAGGAAGAGGAUCAGGAAAUGGAAAUCACUGGAGGAUGGGAGCAAGUUGUUGUUACAGAUAAGAAAGAGAAACCAAGUGAACAGAAACAUGAAGCAGUUUUGGAAGAGGAACCUGAUUUAAAGGUUGGGGUAGGAGCAGCCUUAAAAGUGGCUCUAAUGAAAGGGUUAAUUGAUGCGCAAAAGAAAAAAGUCCUCAACACUGGACCUACCAAUUUACCAAAAACCAAAGCUGUUGUUGACGAGGAAAAAAUGAGAGAGGAAGAGAGAGACAGGGGACGCAGGGCUUACGACAGAGAAAGAUACGACCCUUAUUCAUUCAAAGAAAAGGACUCUUAUAAACCAGAAGUCAAGCUUGAAUAUGUUGAUGAGCAUGGUCGACCUAUGAAUGAAAAAGAGGCAUUUAGAUUUUUAUCACAUAAAUUUCAUGGCAAGGGGUCAGGUAAAAUGAAAAGUGAAAAAAGGGCGAAGAAGGUUGCGGAAGAAAUGAAAAUGAAGAAAAUGAGUGCCAUCGAUACCCCGUUGAAUACAGCACAGAUGAUGAUAGACCGACAACAGCUGAGCCAAACGCCUUACGUCGUCCUGAGUGGUGGGGGCAAGAACCUGCUAACAACAAACAUUAUCUCCAAGAAGUAGCCUAAAGGUGAGCAAAGAUCGAAGAUUGUGCAUUGGUGUCAGAUUGAAAAGAGACAAAAAGAAAGUCACAAUCAUAAAAGCUGUAUCCGAUUAUUUCAAAUGUGAAAUGAACGCUACAAGGUCUACCAAACACUUUAAUGUAAAUAUAAUAAUAAGUUUUGAAAAAGGGACUGUUUGACAUGAAGACAUCAUAAUCGUUUGUGUCAGCUUCCAGUAACCAAUGGAUAUUUGAAAAAAGUUAAGAAAAAUAUUAACGAAAGCUGUUUAGUGGGUAUGGAUAAGCAAGAGGUCUCUAAUGUUUUGGGAAUUUUAGCUGCUUGACAAUGCAAAUACUGACUAAUACAAACUCACUACCCUGCUAAUCUUGGAAAGAACUCUCUCAUAGCAAAAUCAACCUGCUCGUUAUCCAGUGUUUAGAAGUAUGUAAACCCCUGUGCCAGUUGUUUCUUCGCCUUCUUGGUAAAUUAUUGAGCAUUUAGAUGUAUUGAACUAGGCAAUUGUUUUAAGGAAACUACAUGCAUUUUAUGCUGGUGAUUACAAAAAAUGAUCGAAUCUAAAUUUUAUAGAGUUGUUUUCAUUAGAUGACCCAUAUGUAGAUACAGAGCUAUUGGUUGAAACCUGGGCCUACAAUCUUGUAUGCGCAGUUUUUUGGAGUCGAGUUGUGAGAUCGUUGGAAUGUAACAGCUUUAUCUAAACUUGUUAGCCCAGUCGUAUAAAACCAUACACGCGGCAUCAUAUUUCAUAACUGUGCUAUGUGUAUACGAACAGAUGUCUGUGAUAUGACUGGGAGGGAUAUUUAUCGUAAUGACGUAUGUGACGAAGUGGUAUAUGUGUUUAAAUUCCACGACAAUGCCCCUUAAUAGAUCAUCACUGUUUUUGCUUGCCACAUUCUUGCUCAGUUUUCCUUUCAAAACAGAUCCCCUAUAGGUAUUCAAAACCUGAAAGCUUGAGGCAUAUUUCUUAAUUAUUUGUCUGGUCGUUGUUCAGGGCAAAUUCUCCCCGUGAUUAAUAAGUAAAUAAAAAACUAAUAGUAUUAAUAAUUUUUAACUAUCUAUGGCCGAUUUCGGGGCUGCAGAAUCUAUUCCAAACAAUUUUUCUAAUAACGGCGCACGUAAGAAGAAUGUAGAACGCAAACAAAAUAUAGGAAAUGCCAUAAUGAAUUUUUUAGGAAGAUCCUAUUUGAUUUAUUUUUAGAUUUCUUUAGCAUUCGGAUCUUAUUUACCUUUCGCAUCUUCUGCGGUUUCGCUCUUUUUCUUUUCUAAGACGUUUAUGUUUUUGAUUACAGUUUAAAAGGAAACAAGAUUUUCUCUCUUGUUUUCGAUUUAAUGUUCAUUCAAACCAAAAAGAGGAUUUUAUAUUUA